AUGGAGGAAGAUAGCCCACUGAACAAGUCUUAUUUUCUGAACCCCAGUGAGAAGUGGAAGGGAGUUUCGAGAGUGUACUUUACAUUCUACAGUGAAUUCCAGCGACCUUUCCAAUUACGUUUACUCGAAGUCGUAUUUUUGUCUGCCAUCUUGAUGCUCGCCGUGCUAACAAACAUCCUUAUAAUGUGGGUGUUUUACCGUGAUCGCCGCAUGAAGACUGGAACCAACUUUCUCAUCAUUAACAUGGCAGUUACUGACCUGAUAUUUGCCGCCGGUAUUCCUCUGAUUGCUGCAACCAGAAUCACCGAGGAGUGGUUAUUUGGGAAGGGCCUAUGCAGUGUUUUGUUCUACUCACAGUGCUUAUGUGGGUUUCAAUUGACUUGGACUUCGACCCUAAUCAGUGUUGAACGCUAUCGUGGACUUUGUUCUCGUACAGCCUGUUCUAAAAUUUCUACCAAACAUACUCUUGGACUCAUUGUUGCACUUUGGGCAAUAGGUGGCGCACUUUUAUUGCCAUGUGCACUGUUUUUUACUGUGGUCAUUUUACCCUACGAGAAGAAUGUGGUGAAGUUUUGUACACUAGUCUGGCCGGAUAGAACAACAGUGGGAGAAACUAGUACUUUUACUGUGUUAUUUUUACUUCUAGUCUAUGUUCUACCAGUGUCUUGGUUGGUCUACAACUAUCGUCAAAUUUUCAAAACACUUAAGCAACAUAACUGGGGCAUGACAACAGGUGGUGGCGCCACCUAUCGACACGGAGGAACAGCCUUAUAUGAACUACGUUCACAGCGUCAUUUACGUACAGUGAAAAUUUUGGUAACAAACGUUGUAGUAAUUGGGUUGAUGUGGAUUCCGAUGCACGUUGUGGUGUCUAUUGUAUAUUUCGACAGUAAAAAACAGGAAGGGAUGUACAUGCAUUCUCACAUCUACAUAGGAGUUAUGUGUUUCACCCUGUGUAACACCUUUGUUAACCCUCUUCUACAUUGCAUAUUCAACUCUACUUUUAAACAGUCCCUCUCCCAUUUGAGAGGGUGGUUUUCCCGCCGUUGUCAUCUGAUAUUCUACAUUUCCCAACCAGAGCAGAAAGAUGAGGAACAGCUAAAAACACCACGUUUAUUUCUACUAAACAAUGACAUCUGGAAUAAAAGCUCAAGAAGGAAGAAUAUCUGUAAAUCUCGAGGUCACUUCUCGAUGCCAAGUUUCCAAAAUGAAAGACAACAGAAUCAACAUUCGCGAGAAUUAUCUUUAUUUCAAUGGAGCUCACCUCUAAUGGAAAGUCACACGCAUAAACCUCACCGCCAAAUAAUCAAAGAACAUUGUCACAAUGAACAAAGGGAGAAUAAACAACCGAGAAACACUACUUUAUUCCAUUCAGAAAGUGAUCUUCGUGGCUCUCAAGUGGUGUUUCCGUCCAAACACAAGCCACAAUUAAGUCUAGUCACUGUAGCCUUUCCUGACGCUCUUAGACAAAAGUACUAA